UUAUAAUUUGGGGGUGAAAUUAAAUCUCCAUUACGUUUCGGUUCGGCCUCACAGUUCUCGUCUCUCUUCUCGCUCGCUUCUAUACAGAUCCCUAGAUCCUCUCCUUUGGACCUUUAAUCCCCAAACCCUUGAUUUUUUUUAUUAACCAGAGGAAAUCAAAACCCCUCUCACAGCUUCUUUCAUCUUCAAUCUCUAAUUUGUUGUCUUUCUCUCCUUGUCCCCUUCAAGAAAUUUGCGGACUUUUUAUUUCUUGUUGGGUAAAUCAAUCAAUCAAUCAGAUAUGGGGAAGAAUCAAGCUUACAAGGCUAUGCAGAGAUCUAGGGUUGGCUCCAGCUCAGCUCAGCCCGAUGAGGUUGAAGACGGAAUGGUGGAUGGUUCAUUUCAUACACCAGAGUGGCAUGCGGCUCGUUUGGCUAGCCUUAAGACGACACAUACAAUCACAUGGGAAGAGUAUAAGCAGAAGCAAAAGGAAGAAGAAUUGAAAAAGGGAGAACUUGAAGCAGAUACCGAUAAACUGAUGCGCGAGUAUAGAGCUCAACUGGAUGCAGAAAGGGCGUUGAAACUCUCUAAGGGAAGGAACUACUCUAGCGAUAAGUCCCGAAAAGAUAAAAAAGAUAGAGAUUCAAAGAAGAAGAGAAGCAAAAAGAGAAAGCACUAUUCGUCCUCAGAGUCAUCAUCUAGUAGUGAUGAAGAUGAAUCUAGAAGAUCAAGAUCGAGUUCUAAAAGAUCAAAGAAGGAGAAGAAGCACAAGUCCAGCAGAGACAAACACUCUAGCAGAAGUAAAGAUGAAACCGACGGCCCUGUACCACUCUCUAAAUUCUUUGGCAAUCUGAAGAACUGACAGAAGCAAAACUGCAAAAGAACCAUUACGAGAGUAAGAUUGUCUUCAAUCAAAAUACUCAAGUUAGGAUAUGGUUGGCUUCUUCCUUGUCGCAAUGUUAUAUUUUUGACAAUAGCUCAUGUAUUAUUAUUUGUUGGAUUGAGAGUUGCAAUAAUGUCCACAUAAUCAAUCAUGGUUUUUCAGUUGA